AUGAUACACUUCCAUUCUAAGAACGCUUCACCUGCUUUAGAACCAUCGAAGAAGCAAACACUAAAACUUGAUGAAUACAUCGCUCAACGUGAUUAUGCGGGUGCCAUUGCUUUUCUCGAAUUUUGUCGAGAGAAUGACACAAACAUAGACGAUCUCGAUCAUUGGUUGGCAUUUGCCGCUUUUCAUACGGGAGAUUAUCAACGUGCGCGUCAUGAAUAUGAAAAUCUUCUAAAAAGAGAUCACCGUGAUGGCCGAAUCUACAUCUACCUAGCGUGUUGUUACUUUAUGUUGGGCAAUUAUGAACAAGCCGAACAAACUGCAUUGAAAGCACCGAAAUCUUCUCUACAAACACGACUUCUGUUUCACCUUGCACACAAACAAAAUCAUCAAGACAAAUUUCAACAUUAUCAAAAUCAGCUGCAAGACGAUGUCCAAAAUCAAAUGUGUCUCGCUAGUAUGAAUUAUAUGAAACAUGAAUACCAACAAGCACUUGAUAUAUACAAGCGGUACUUGUUAAAAGAUCGAGAUUAUCUGGCAUUGAAUGUUUAUGUUUCACUUUGCUAUUAUAAAUUAGAUUAUUUCGAUAUGUCACAAGAAUUACUUGAUAUCUAUUUGAAGAAGUAUCCGGAUUCAGUGACAGCUGUGAAUAUUCAAGCGUGUAAUCAGUACAAGUUAUACAAUAGAAAAAGAGCUGAAAAUGAUCUCAAACAGCUUCUUGACAAUGUCAAUAUCUCAUUUCAUCAUGCAAAAGAAAUAUUUCAGCAUAAUAUGAUUGUGUUUCAAGACGAUCCAAAUGCGUUCCGAGUGUUUAAUCAAUUGAUCGAUGUGAUUCCUGAAGCACGUUAUAAUCUAGUCAUAUACCAUCUCAAACAAGACAAUUGUGAGCAAGCGUUUGAGUUGAUGAAAAAUGUCGAACCAAGUCAUGCGAUUGAAUACAUCUUGCAAGGUAUUGUUCAUGCCAACUACGGGCAGAAACAUCGCUCACACGAGCAUAUCAAACAAGCUCAAACAUAUUUUCAAACUAUCGGCAGUUCUCCUCUCGAAUGCGAUACAAUUCCGGGCCGACAAUGCAUGGCUGCUUAUUACUUUCUUCAUCAACGGUUCUAUGAUGUUUUAGUCUACUUAAGUUCAAUUAAAGUCACUUCAUUCGCACAUAAUAUGCUUUUCACUGAUGAUCUGCAUUCUUUUCAGGCUUAUUUUCCUAAUGAUGACACAUUCAACUUCAAUUAUGCACAAGCUAAAGGUUCGGAACAGAAAUGGCAUGAAGCAGAAGAGGCGUUGCUUCUUAUUGAUAAUGAGAAGAUUAAAAAUGACUAUAUUUAUCUUUCAUGGCUAGCACGAUGCCAUAUUCAGAACAAUAAGCCACAUCUUGCUUGGGAACUGUAUUCUAAACUCGAUCGUUCGAAAAAUACAUUGUCAUUUCUCGAAUUGAUCGCAAAUGACUGUUACAAACAUAGAUACUAUCUCUACUCUGCUCGUGCUUUUCAUCGUUUGCAACAGAUUGACCCCAAUCCAUUGUAUAGGAAUGGCAAACAGGGUGCUUGUGCAGGAUACUUCCAGCAAAUCAUUGCUGGUCGAGAAUCAAAAAGUAAACUACACGAUCUGUUGCCAUUAUUACGAAACUCGCAGCAUCCGGAAGAAGAUCAAAUGAUUACAGUAAUCCGAUCAUGGGCGAAAAGAAAUAACGUUGGUAUAUGA